GAAAUACGAUAAUUUUGGUAAUCAUAAUCUGGAUGUCUCGUGUCUGGGCGGAGUCCACACACCCAUAACAAUGGAGAAAUACGAUAAUUUUGGUAAUCAUAAUCUGAAUGUCUCUUGUCUGGGCGGAGUCCACACACCCAUAACAAUGGAGGAAUACGAUAAUUUUGGUAAUCAUAAUCUGGAUGUCUCUUGUCUGGGCGGAGUCCACACACCCAUAACAAUGGAGAAAUACGAUAAUUUUGGUAAUCAUAAUCUGGAUGUCUCUUGUCUGGGCGGAGUCCACACACCCAUAACAAUGGAGGAAUACGAUAAUUUUGGUAAUCAUAAUCUGAAUGUCUCUUGUCUGGGCGGAGUCCACACACCCAUAACAAUGGAGGAAUACGAUAAUUUUGGUAAUCAUAAUCUGAAUGUCUCUUGUCUGGGCGGAGUCCACACACCCAUAACAAUGGAGGAAUACGAUAAUUUUGGUAAUCAUAAUCUGGAUGUCUCUUGUCUGGGCGGAGUCCACACACCCAUAACAAUGGAGGAAUACGAUAAUUUUGGUAAUCAUAAUCUGAAUGUCUCUUGUCUGGGCGGAGUCCACACACCCAUAACAAUGGAGGAAUACGAUAAUUUUGGUAAUCAUAAUCUGAAUGUCUCUUGUCUGGGCGGAGUCCACACACCCAUAACAAUGGAGAAAUACGAUAAUUUUGGUAAUCAUAAUCUGGAUGUCUCGUGUCUGGGCGGAGUCCACACACCCAUAACAAUGGAGGAAUACGAUAAUUUUGUUACGUUUUCUCAUUGUUAUGAUCAACCAAAGGUAAUCAUAAUCUGGAUGUCUCUUGUCUGGGCGGAGUCCACACACCCAUAACAAUGGAGGAAUACGA